UUAUACAAGAGUUAAAAUGCCAAACAUUAUCGAGAAACGUAAUCGGAGAAAAGAUACUAUAUAAUCGUGGCUCUGUGUAGCCACAAUAUGAGGAGUAAUAUAACCGUUUCAUUAUCAGAUUUACAACAUUGGCCACUUCGACAUAUCAAGUAUCAGUUUGAAGGUCCGGCGUAUCGCGGAACAGAGAUACGCUUAUUAAUGCGAGUAGUUCAACGUGAGCUACAUUCGCACAAGUAACGGUAGUUUCGAGCACAAAGUUGCAGUAAUUAACCUGAAAUAACAAGAUGAGUGGGCCGAAUAAAUACCGAGUUUUGGUGACAAGCAACGACGUUUCGCCAUCUGGCAUUGAACUCUUAAAGGAAAAAUACGACGUGACGAUUAUUCCUGCCGCUAUCAGUACGCGAGAGCAAGUUCUCCAAGCACUUCCCGGCCACGAUGCAAUUUUCCUUGCCGGUCAUCAUGUUGUCAAUAAAGAACUGUUAGACAUUGCAGGACCUACCUUGAAAGUGGUCUCCUCUAUGUCUGCUGGAUAUGAUCACAUGGAUAUACCAGAAAUUAAAAAACGAGGCAUAAAAGUAGGCAAUACUCCAAACGUCCUUACAGCUGCCGUUGCUGAAGUUGCCGUUAUGCUGACUCUUAGUGCUGCCAGACGUGCCCAUGAAGGUCGCAUCCAAAUAGCCGAAAACAAGUGGAUUUCAACUCCACAGUGGAUGCUUGGACGUGAUUUGCGUGGCUCAACUGUGGGAAUAGUAGGCCUAGGCAACAUCGGACAAGCCGUGGUUAAACGGCUCAAGCCAUUUGAGAUUAAUCGAUUCAUUUAUUCAGGGCACUCACGAAAGCCUGCAGGCGAUGCCCUUGGAGCGACAUUUGUGUCAUUUACUGAUCUUCUCAAAGAGAGUGAUUUCAUAAUUGUUGCAACACCAUUAAAUGGUGAAACUGUGAACUUGUUCAGCAAAGACACCUUUGCUCAAAUGAAGAAAACAGCCAUCCUGGUCAAUGUUGGACGCGGACCUGUUGUAAACACAGAUGACCUAGUCGAAGCACUCCAGAGUAAUACUAUUUUUGCUGCAGGAUUAGACGUCAUGUAUCCUGAACCAUUACCUAGUAAUCAUCCCUUGCUGAGUUUGCCAAACGCAGUAAUCAUUCCACAUUUGGGAAGUGCUACGGUGCAAACACGGUGCGAUAUGUCGACAACAGCUGCUCAGAACGUCAUCAAUGCCUUGGAAGGAAAACCACUUGUUUACGAAUUGUAAUGAGUUCUUUGAAAGACGUCCGCAAUUUCUCUACAACGCUUGUAUUUGAUUUCAUGAGAGGGAUUAACUUUGGCCUCACAUACCCACUCGAUGGCAAGUAACUGUUGAGAUUGCACUUCAAUAUUUGUGUCCAAGGUUCCUUUUUGUUG